CGGGAACUUCUUAGAAAGGAAGUAACUGACUGCAGCAAUACAGUUCGUGCAUUUCUCUUUAGCAUAUAAACGCAGACACAUAAAGAGAGGGGAGAGACGCAGACUGACUCCUGUUUAUAGAGUUAUCUUACAGCAUGGCAACUGUAUUUGUGACACCAGCUGCCAAACAAAAGGUUGAUGAAUUUCAAAAGCAGCUAUGUCAGGAGGCUGACAAACUGAUUGCAACAGGAUUUCCACAAAAGAUGUCUGAACUGGAUGUAUUAAUACAUUCUCCAGAGCUGAACAUCUCAGACCUUUCUACACUUCGAGCCGAGUUGGAUAUACCAAUACCAGAUCCAGAAAAAGAGGCAGCAAAAGAGGCAGCUAAAGAGAAAAAAGAAAAAGAUGAGAAAAAGAAGGAUGACGAAGAUGACAAAGGUCCCCCAUGUGGUCCCAUCUCUAGUAAUGAGAAAAUCACAGUUCUGCAGAAAAGAAUCAAACGUGAAAUUCAGGAAGCCAAAGAAAAUUUACAUCUGGUCAGCCUGUGGCUCCAGCUUCAGAUUCCUCAGAUUGAAGAUGGCAAUAACUUUGGAGUAGCUGUUCAGGAAAAGGUGUUUGAACUGAUGACAAAUCUGAGGACAAAGUUAGAUGCAACCCAGACCCAAAUAUCUAAGUAUUUCUCUGAGCGAGGUGAUGCGGUUGCCAAAGCAGCAAAACAUCCUCAUGUGGGGGAUUUCCGAGCUCUGGUUCAGCAGUUGGAUGAGUCUCAGUAUUCUGAGCUGCGAAUCACUGCCAGGGAAAUAAGGAAUUUUUAUUGUACACCGCGGCCGGUUGCCAUGCCGACGCUCUGACAUGCGCAGUCUUGC